AUGGAGAGCCCACAGCUGCACAUGCUCACACUGGCCUGUCCAGCUCUGCUCAGGCAGGAGCACACUGCACUGCUGAACAUCCUGCAGUUUCACACCAACAUGGCAGCAGGUCCGGACUGGAGCCUCCGUCUGGACGCUCCCUCCCUCCCUCCCUCCCUCCCUCCUGUGUGUCUGCCUCACAACACCACCCACAUCACACUUUUAAUCAGGCUUCAGGGUCGGCCACCUAUCGGCCAAUCAGCCCUACUCAGACACUUUUCCUGUUUCUGUUUCCGAACCACAGCUAGCCAGGCCAGAGACCUGCUGUCUAAGAUGCUGAUCAUCGACCCGGCUAAGCGGAUAUCGGUGGACGAGGCCUUACAGCACCCCUACAUCAACGUGUGGUACGAUCCAGCCGAGGUGGAGGCGGCCAGGGAUCUCAUCCAAAUAUCCAUGCCUCCACCUCAGAUCUACGACAAACAGCUGGAUGAGAGAGAACACUCCAUUGAUGAAUGGAAAGAAUUAAUCUAUAAAGAGGUGAUGAACUUUGAGGAGAGAACGAAGAAUGGCGUAGUGAAGGGACAGCCUUCACCUUCAGGUGCAGCCGUGAACAGCAGCGAGAGCCUCCCUCCUUCCUCCUCCAUCAACGACAUCUCCUCCAUGUCCACCGACCAGACCCUGGCCUCAGACACUGACAGCAGCCUGGAGACCUCUGCAGGACCCCUUGGGUGUUGCAGGUGACUAGCCGCCUGCCUGCGCAACCCUAUGUUCUUCCGAAGGUGAAGAACCAAGAACGACCGAGCGAACGUACUUAAAAAAAAAAAAAAAAAAAGGAAAAAAAAGAGAAAAGAUCAAAA